GGAAACGUCCGCCCGGGCACCGCAGCUGGCUGGAGAAAAGUUCCGGGCGGUUUUUGUUCCGGGGGCCGCCCGCAUGAGGCGCGGCCGCGGCGAUGAUCCCGAUCUCGGUGGUCGUGUGCGUGCUGGGCGGCUGGUGCGCCGUGUACCUGGCGGACACGCUGCUCAAGUCAUCCAGCUCUCUGAAGGCAUCAUAUGAAGACUGGCUGCUGACAUAUGGCCUGAGCAUCUCUCCCUUUCACAUGCGAUGGCAAACAGCUCUGUUCAACCGCCAGUUCUACAGCUGGGGGAGAUGGAAACCCAAAUUUCUGUAUUUAUGGUUCAGCGUAGGAAUGGUGUUUGGAAUAGUUGCCAUGUUUGGCUCUGUUAUUCUCCUCGGGAAGACGCUGAUGCAAACACUGACACAGAUGCUCACGGAGGCACCGAGAGCCCAGAACGAUCGUAUGCUGCAGGUCGUGGUGCCUGGUGUCAAUUUGCCUGUCAGCCAGCUGACCUAUUUCUUCUCUGCAAUCCUCAUCAGCGGUGUGAUACAUGAAGUCGGCCAUGGGGUGGCAGCUAUUCGAGAACAAGUACGAUUUAAUGGAUUUGGGAUUUUUAUCUUCAUUGUCUAUCCUGGAGCAUUUGUUGACCUUUUCACAACUCACUUGCAACUGAUAUCUCCUGUCCAGCAAUUAAGGAUAUUUUGUGCAGGAGUGUGGCAUAAUUUUGUUCUUGGUGUUGCCAGUUUCAUGGUUUUGUUUCUGCUGCCAGCCAUUCUUUUCCCUUUCUAUUACACGGGUGUUGGGGCACUUGUCACUGAGGUUGCAGAGGAUUCUCCUGCCAAUGGACCAAGAGGUCUUUUUGUGGGAGACCUUGUCACUAACCUACAAGACUGCCCAGUUUAUAAUGUGGAAGACUGGAAUUCCUGUCUGGGAGACAUUUCAGAGAAGUCACAGGUUGGCUACUGUGUAAGUGCAGCCACCCUACAGCAAUUAAGCUUUCCAACUAGAGUCUACAGAAGACUCGAUGGCACAGUUGAAUGUUGUAGUAACAACAGCCUCACAGACAUUUGCUUUUCAUAUAGCAAUAAGUUGGACAGCCAUCUGUAUGCCUGUCUGCCAGCACGAAAAGUUAUUGAAGCCAGCAAAGUUUGUCGAAGCAACAUGGACUGCCAGAAGGACUUUGUUCCAAGCUUUUGUGUGACUCCUUCUUUGGAGAACCAAACAAGGCUAAUCAGGGUAAAGCAUCCACCCCAUAUUGACAUGCUAUAUGUAGGACACCCCAUGCAUCUUCAGUACACAGUAAGUCUCAGCAGUUUUGUACCACGACAAAACUUUCUAAGCAUCGAUCUGCCUGUGGUGAUAGAGACGUUUUGCAAGUACCUAAUUUCACUAUCAGGAGCACUGGCAGUUAUCAAUGCUGUACCCUGCUUCGCUUUGGAUGUGCUCCCCGUAGGAGCUGCUGCAGCCCAGACUUCCUUUACAGAAAUGGCCCUUCAUCAGGAACUGAAGUGGAACAUAAGCUCAUGGAUACUGGCCUGCAGGGAGUGCUGAAACGUUCAUGACCAGGUCAAAUACAUUCUUUUGGCACUAGAGGUAAAAGCCUGGGUAGUUUUACAAGUGGGGCUGAGCCCAGUUCCAGGUGCUACUGCCUGGAUUCAUCACUGAUGUUUGCAUUUGCCCGCCGAUGUGUAUUUUUGCACAGUUCCUUUCACAGUUAAGAUGUACUCCUUUCUUAAGAUGAUAGAAGCAGUAGUGAGACCCUAUGUGUUUUUUGUUGCUGGUUAGUUUACUCACCUCUCCAGUGCUGUCACAAGCUGGACCUCUUGAAGUUUACCUCUGUGGGGUGGCAGGCCUGUGCCGCCCAUUGUCAGUCAUUUCAGCCCAGGCAUAUAGGCACAGAUCCUGGUAAGAAAGAGUAAAUCCUCCAGUCAAUCCAGUGUGAGUUGGUCCCUUUGCGGGGACUGUUAAAAGUCACACAAAGUGCAAGAAAGGGAAAAACAAACUAUGCCCUGAAAGUCUAACUUGUAAUCACUCCUGGAAACAUACAGAUGUUUCAGGGGAGCAGUUGUGAUGGGCCACUCUGCCAUCUCUCUCCACGAACUGGAGGAUAGGAGCAGCCUGGUCCUUGCUCAAAGCCUGGCUCUGAGGUUCUGUUCUAGAGGCCUGUUCUGUUCUAGAGGCCUGCUCUCUCACCUAAGUGACUGCUUACUGAUCAGAGCUCUUCCUUUCAGUGGCUCUGUGUCUUGUCCAAGCUAUAGUGCAAAAAAUUAAUUUGCACUUAGGAGUUUUAAUGUAAUUUAGUAAGACAGGAUAUUUACUUUCAAAACAUGUGAAUUUUGAUACUUUAUAUGUAUGACUACAAUGGCUUGUGACAAUCUUUUAGCGUAGUGCUUCUCGUGGAGAUGUAGGCAACAGAUUAAAAAAAAAGUUUCUGAAUUAACAUACACAAAUUACAUCUGCUAUAAUGAGGCCAGCAGGUUGUUCCUGGUUAUUUAGUGUGCCACCAAAACCAUGAAGUCUUAUCAAAGGAAAUUAAAUGCAGUUUACUUAGUAUAACUGUGACUUUCAGUGAUUAUGUAAAGUAGAACUUCAGUGUAUGUUUGCCCUCAAGAUCAAGAAGAGGGUGGAGAAGACAUUGGUUGUGGUUUUAGCAAAACAGACACACUGGUAUACUGUAAAGACCCUAGAUAUCUUAUAUGGAAGAGAGACUACUGGAAGUGUUUAAAAAUAAUUCGUGAGUCCCUUUCUCCACAUACUGGAACUCUAUUGAAUAAGGGUCGAUUUAAGUGCUUUGAAUCAAGACUUCAAGCAAACUGGGCAUGAAUGGUGACCCAGCACAUCUUAAAUUACCUGUGGACAAAGGUAGUACUUAAGUGAGACCUCUGUCGGGAGAAAAAGUUGUUCAGUGGACCCAUUUCAUUCUCCUGUAAUCCCAACAUAGGGAUUACAUACUGAUAAGCAUGUGCCAUGCAUACAGUUAUUGGGAGGAUUUUUCCUGCGGUUUUCGUUGUUUAUUUAGCACAAAAGGACACAGUGAUUUCUGUGUGUUGGAUUUUUACUCUGGAGUAUUUGUGAUGUUUGUUCUGUGUUUGUAAAAAUAGAAAGGAAGCCUUUCCUUAAAAUGAAAUCUUUCCACUUCUUAUUCUAAUUAGCCCCUCAGAAUCUUCAGUACAAAAUCCAUCAAUAUAAUUAUAGGGCAUAUUGACUGGACUAUAGAACAGAGCACUCCUAAUGAUUGGAUGGCUGCUACUAUUUAUGUAUAUACUAUGCAUUUUAAAUCUGUAUCAGAUGGAAAAAGUAAUGUCUAAUAUUCAGAAAUGUUAUAUGUAGCUUUUACAUGAAAAUCGCCAGAAAAAUUCCAUAAUUAUUAUCACUGUUCUGCUUUGUUUUUUAUGAGAUUUUUUUUAUAUCAGCAAAGAUUUACAUAGCAUGUUCUGAUAAUGCAAAAUACAACAUGAAAAUGGCACACUUCUUAGCUUGGGGGAUGUUAUGUGCUCUUUGCUAAUUAGGAAAUUUGAACCAGUUUGCUUCUAUACAAGUUAAAUGAAAGAGGCUUCACUAGAAAAAGUAUAGACAAACUUGCAGAUUAGUUAGCCCAAAUUAUGAGCCACAGUGGAAAAUUUGUUAACUCAUCCUUUUUAUUUAGAAUGAAACAACCAAGUAUAUUGACAGUUACUUUUUCCAGUGAUGGUUCUGCAUUUGUGGAUAUAUACGUGUAUAUAUACAUACAUUUCUAUAACAGAUACAUAUACAGCUGCAGGAUGUAUUAGUGCUUUUUUAGGGGUAACUUACAGCAGUCCUCCAUAUUCUGCAGUGUGGGCCUUUGUUUUUCUUUUUCCUUCUCUCUAUUAAUUCUCUCUAUGGCUUUCUCUGGAUUUUAAAAUAGAAACUAUGUUGUUCUCCCAUAACUGAUUUUAAUUUUGUUAACACAUGAUGUGAUGGGGAUGUAACAGCUGCAUGAGUUUUGUUCAGUUGAUGUUUAUGUUUCGUAGUUUCUGUGAAGCCUCAGCUACAAGCAUGGUAAACACAGAUUUUUCAGGGCAACUAAAAGAGGUCAACCUUGGAAUCCAUCACUCUCUUAAUGCUGCUGUUUGUGCUGUUCUGAAUGAUAACUGGGAUAAGCAAGACUGUGUAGAGUAUACUGAAGAAAUAAAGUUUUCAGGACAGACCUCCCCAUAGCAGUCAGGGUGUUUCAGCUUUCUUUGAGUAAGGAUAUAUUUUUGUUCAGUUUAGCACAUCAACAAUCCCAGUUUUCCCAAUAGUUUCCUAUACAUUCUACAUGACAGCAAAGACUGACCCGUAGGAAAUAUUUUUAAAAUAAAUUAGUAUAUCAUCUAUAUGAAAUAUCUGAAUUUUUAUCUGGAUGGCAUUUAUGACAGAUGAAGCAAGGUUGUAAAUGUUUAUGUAGCGUAGUCUGUAUUUAAUUGUUUUAAAAAGAUGUGAGUUAAACUCCAGAUAUAGUUAUUUGUAAAAUAUACAUUCUGUACACCUGCAUUCAGACCAAUUUCCACAACUAUUCUUGCCUCAGCUUUGUUCUUGUACUGUUGGGAGUAAGGAAUCUGAAUUUUAACACAGGUAAGAUCCAAUAUUAGUAAGUAUUUUAUACCCUCUUCAUCCUUUCAUGUAAUGCUUUAUAUAGAUUAGUUAUUUAAUAUGACAGUUACCUCGGGUAUAUUCCCUGUAUUAAUGCAGCAUUUGGGAAGCAUUGUACAAGGGACUGCCAGGAAAGGGCAGCUCUGUGACUCCUGUUCCUUGGACUCCACCACCACCAUCAUGUGAAGAGCAGAUGGCAGUGAUUAAGGGCAGUGAAGAACUUCAGUUUAUGGCAGCUUUAUGAAACCUUCCCACUGCUGACCCAGUGUGAAAGGAUGGGAACAAAGAGCAGGAUAUGACACUGCAAUUCCAUUCAUUCCAUUUACAUUGUCAUGAAACCUGAAAAGAACUUGUAAUUAACAUUUCAGAGCACGAAGGUACAUUUUCCAGCCCUUCACUGAAUCAUUCAGUGACUGAUGAUGAAACUUUUUAACACUUUGUCUUUCCAUCAAUAAAUAUGUGCUGACUAAGUAGUAUGAGUAGUUGUAGAUCAUUUUGUAAAAAUGACUUGGAUCUUUCUUACCUCUAGAUGUUCCUAGAUGUUCGUCUUGGGAGGGUUUCUGCAGCAUCAUAGUGUAAUUGACCUUUGUUGAUACUAGUUUGAAAGGUUGGAGGUUAUUUCCAAGCCAUCACUAGAAAAAUCUAUUUCCUUCCUUCCCAAGUCAUUUGUUAAAAUUUUAAAUUCCUCUUUCCUUACAUAACUUUGCUUUUAGAUUUCAUAUACUCAGAUGAUCUUAUCUGAAGCCUGUCAGUGGAAUAUGUAUUGUUUUGAAAUUCACUGUGGAGUUUUUUUCCUCUACAUAGCCUUAUUUUUCACACUGACUCACAGCUGUGGAAUGUUAGAUUUCUAGACCCUUUGUUCCCACUAUGCAUUGUUCAUGAUCAUGUUGUUUUUUUUUUUAAAAAAGGG